AUGGCCGAGGGCAGCAGGUUACGGGGCUUCUGUACCCUGGUGCGCAACCUCGUCCUUGCCGCUCUCCUCUACACCUGUAUCUUGGGUAUCAUUAGCGUCGCCAAGAACCCCUCGGUGCGCCCCAAGGGCAAGCUUGGCAUACCCGCAUUCUUAGGAAAGUCUGGGCCCGUGGACCUGAUCGAGUCGACGAGGUCUGGCGUCAAGGUCAAGUUCGCCGGCUCGCCGAACAGCAUCCACAUCAACCCGCACGCGAACGUCUUCAACCGCCCCGACAGCGCCGUCACACCCAAGGAUGACUUCUUGGGGCCGAGGCCGGACGUGGACACCGAGGCGAACCUGCCCAUGCUGGUCGAGGAGUGCAGGGGAACAUACAACGGAAUUGAAAAGAUGAGAAACGUCUUCGAAUGCCUGCAGUUCCUCGCCAACGACGAACACCGCUACUACCAGGUGCCCGAGGACGGAAAGAAGGCCAGCCAGCAGGACCCCCGCAAGUCUGAGUACCUUGACUCCGACGGUCACGGAAACAGCUUGGACAAGUACGUCUCGCCUGCUGAGGCCGUUCCUGCGAGCAAGGAAUCCAUUGGAACCUGUUCUGGUCCCAUUGUUCCCUACCACACCUACUGGACUGGCCCUGCGACUUGGAGAGUUGAGGUUUUCAUCAAGAGCUAUCUUUACACGCAAAACCUGGCCUGCUCUCGUCUCUAUCUCUGGGUCGAUGCCGACAAGAGCCCGAACGCCGUCGAAAACAUGCUUGUCCGCGAUCCUCUUUUCGCUCGUUUCUUGCCUCUGGUCGAGCGCGGUGACAUCACCGUCAUGCCGUGGAGGUUCCCCCAACGCAUCCCUCUCCCGAACCACGUGGACCACGCCGAUGGUGCCUACAAGCCUUCGGCCAAGCCCAAUGCCAAGGGCGAAACCGUCAUCGCCGAGGGAGUCGUUGAGGACGCAGAUGGCCAGCAGUGGCUUUCCCUGACCCCGAAGCAGAUGACCUUCCUCCCCGUCGCCGUCUCCGACGCCAUGCGUUUCGUCGUUCUCCAUUUGUACGGCGGUCUCUACUUCGACAUGGACGUCCUCAUGCUGCGGGACAUGCGCCCUCUCGCCAUCCCCAAGGAUCACGCGUUUGCCGAGCGCUGGGCCGCUCACGCGCACCCGGGCGACUACAACACCGCCAUCAUGUCUCUGUCCGCCAACAGCUCUCUGUCAUCAUAUCUCCUCCGCGGCGGCGUCCGCAUGGGACUGAACUUCCACCCUCGCGUCAUCGGCCGCAUGGCGUGGAAGGACGGCCGCGACCAGGAAUUCCUCAUGCUCGAGACGGCCGCUUUCGAUCCCAUCUGGACCGAGUUCAACUGGGACCGUGAGGGCCGCUGCACCGUGCCGUGUCUUAAGGACUACAGCGCAGCGUUCAAGGGCAGACCGGGUGCGAUCAAGGACGAGUGGCAGAGCUACGACGGACCGCAGCUGGAACCCGUUAACCACUCCAAGCAGGAGCUGCGCGCGCGCGUCGAUCCGGCCGGCCAGGAUGUUGUCAGGACUUCGGAAAGCGCGAGUGAAAGGCCAGAGGAAAACGUGCCGCACAGCGCAACGGCGCAGUCGCCAAAGGCCGGCACGCAAAGCGACAGCUUCACGACGACCAGCGCCGAGGAGGCCGAAUUGAGGGCGAAGGGCGCGGUAGCCGACUACAGGCUAGAGGAGGACAAGUACCCUCCGAACAACCGCACGGUGGAAAACUUCUUCAGGGGCGCAUGGACGUACCACAUCCACAACCAGUGGCUCAAGCACCCCGAGCCCUCGAGCUGGAUCAACAUUGUCGAGAUCGCGCACGACGGCUUCUUCGCGGGCAAGCGCACGAACCCGUACGGCGAGUUGUGGCACGGCCCGGACCUGAUGCCGUAUAACUACUGGCCCGAGUUCGUAUAA